GGCGAGGGAUGAAGCUAAAUUGCUGGCCGGAGAUCCAGAGAAGACUGGCUCGGAGUCGCUUCGGUUUCGGUUACCUGGACGCAACAGCCAGAGAUCCGGCGGCGGGACAGAUCGCCACCCCAAGGGUCUCCGCUCCGUAAAGGAAUCAAUAAAGGAAAGUCCCAGAUAACUAAAUGUUGAAGUCCUCUUCCCGGCGUGAUUCUCCAUCUGACCGGCGCACUCGGAAAAUUUGGAACAGACGCUCUUCAGAUGAGGAGAUGGAUAACCCGCGGAAUACGCAACAAAAUGGGACUAUAGGCACCUUCCCAGCACUGUUGCCAGAAGAAGCUAAACCUGCAUACUUUGCUGCACCAAAUGUAUUUGUUCCAUCAAAAACGGAAGGCUUUGUGUUCAAUCCCAUUAAAAAAGAGGAUGUGAAUCAACUGGGAGAACAAAACCAACCUAAUAAAAAACCAGAAAACACCUUAUUCAACCAAUACGAAGAGAAGAUCCGCCCUUGUAUUGACCUCAUUGAUUCUCUGAGAGCCCUUGGAGUGGAGAAGGACUUGGCAUUGCCAGCAAUUGCUGUGAUUGGCGAUCAGAGCUCGGGGAAAAGCUCAGUCCUGGAAGCUCUUUCUGGAGUUGCUCUUCCAAGGGGCAGUGGUAUUGUCACCAGAUGUCCCUUAGAACUCAGGCUAAAAAAGCUGCUGCCUGGUGAAAAAUGGAAUGGGAAAAUCAGUUACCUGGAAAAAAAUAUAGAACUUGCAAAUCCUUCAAUGGUAGAAAUAGAAAUAAGAAAAGCUCAGAACAUAAUAGCUGGUGAUGGAUUGGGCAUUAGUGAUAAACCAAUUAGCCUUGAAAUUAGAUCUCCACAAGUUCCAGACUUGACUCUGAUUGAUCUACCAGGGAUUGCAAGAGUGGCUGUGGGUAAUCAGCCAGUAAAUAUUGGAGAUCAGAUCAAAAAGCUGAUUAAAACAUUUAUUGAUAAGCAAGAGACAAUAAAUUUAGUGGUGGUUCCAAGUAAUGUUGAUAUUGCCACAACAGAGGCACUGAAAAUGGCCCAAGAGGUGGAUCCAAAUGGAGAGAGAACGCUUGGGAUCAUGACUAAGCCUGACCUGAUGGACAGAGGAACUGAGGUGACAGUUGUGAACAUAGUGAGAAACCAAGUCAUUCCCUUGAAAAAGGGAUAUAUGAUUGUGAAAUGCCGUGGACAGCAAGAUAUCCAGUCCAACAUGACUUUGGCCUCUGCAAUCAAGGAAGAGAGAGCAUUUUUUGAGAAACAUAAAUGCUUUAGUAUCCUUCUACAGGAAAAAAAAGCCACAGUCCCCUUACUAGCUGAGAAACUGACAAGUCAGCUUGUGGAACACAUUAACAAAUCGUUGCCCACUUUAGAAGAGCAAAUAAGCUUUCAGCUCCAAAAAACAAAUGCUGAAAUGCAGAGAUAUGGCAAAGGCAUGCCAAAAACCGAUGGCGAGAGGCAGUAUUUUUUAACAGAGAAAAUCCAGUGGUUUAAUGCAGAUGUUGGAAGCACAGUACAAGGAGAAGAAAAACUAUUUGAAAAUGAGGCCAGACUGUUUACCAAAGUUCGUAAAGAAUUUCAGAAAUGGGGUAAAAUAGUUGCUAGCAGUGGCUUAAAAAUUCAAGAAUCCCUAAUCUCUGAGAAGUGGAAAUUUGAAAAUCAGUAUCGUGGCAGAGAGCUUCCUGGAUUUAUCAAUUACAAGACGUUUGAGAUGAUUAUAAGGGAUCAUAUCACCAAGCUAGAAAUGCCAGCUCUUGAAACUGUAGCUAGAGUUACAGAAAUAGUCCGUCAAGGUUUUGUGGCGAUUGCUAAAUGCCAUUUUGAAGACUUUCAUUAUCUUCAUUUGGAAGCCAAGAAUAGAAUUGAAAGUAUUAGAGAGAAACAAGCAAAGGAAGCUGAAGCUACAGUCAAGAUCCAGUUUGCAAUGGAGCAGACCCUAUACUGUCAGGACAAGUUCUACCAGGGGUACUUAAGAGCUGCAAAGGAAGCUGCAAAGGAGGAAGAAAUCACAGCGAUAGCUGAAGAAGGCACUGCAAUCGCUGAAACGGGUUUUCAUUUGGAGGCAUACUUCAAGAGUGCAACCAAACGUCUCUCUUCCCAAAUUCCCCUCGUUAUCCAGUACUUCAUCCUCAAGAAAUACGGAGAUAAUCUGCAGAAUGAAAUGAUGCAGCUCCUGCAGCAAAAGGAGAAGUUGAGCCUUCUAACCCAGGAGCGUGCAGAUGCUGCUGAACAGAGGCAGUUCUUGUCUGACCGCAUUGAUCGUCUGGCUCAAGCGCGGGACCACUUAGCGAGAUUCCUUGGCUAAAAACGUGUGCUGCUGCUACUGCUUCCGGAAGGCUAGUGUGCUAGACAGCUAUUUGGUGGAUUACAUCUCUGUUACUAAAAAGAUGUGGUUCAUCACUUGCAAUUUGUUGAAGCACCUGGAAUAACUUUGCUUACUCGCUAAGAACCCUUAGUGCCCUGCUGUGUCUUAGGCAUUAAACUCCUCAAGGACAAACUGCAUCACAGCCACUUUGACUUAGAUGCCAUCAGUUUGAAUUGUUCUUUUCUAUUAUUAACUUUAUUAGCUUAUCCUUUGUUUUCUUUAUAAUACAUUCUUAGAACAGUACUUAACCUUUGACUUAUUUCAUUUAUAUUUCCUUAAUCCAGGGUCAUUCAAAUGCUGCCAUAGACGUUAUACCACUGUUACAUGAUUUUAUAGACAUUUCUUGUAUUUCCCCCAUUUUUGCGCGGAUGCUUACCUUGUGUUACCUCUCAAACUGUUAGUCAGUUGCACCAUUU